UAUUUCUUUUAUCUAUCUAUCCAUCUAUCCAUCUCUUCUUAAUCGAAGAAGAGCAGCAAAAAGACGGGAGAGUAAUAAUAAACGGAGAGUGGGGGAGAGGGAUCCGAUCCGUACGAUGGGAUCACCCGUCUCCCAGAGGGUCGAGAUUGCCAGGUUCUGCACCUCUCGGAACUGGUCUAAGGCCAUUCGCGUUCUCGAUUCUCUCCUUUCUCAAUCUUGUACCAUCCAAGACCUUUGCAAUCGAGCCUUCUGUUAUAGUCAACUUGAGCUGCACAAGCACGUGAUCAAGGACUGCGACAAAGCACUUCAGCUCGAUCCCACACUUCUGCAGGCAUUUAUCCUCAAAGGUCGUGCGCUAUCAGCUUUAGGAAGAAAAGAUGAUGCUCUUUUGGCUUGGGAGAAAGGUUAUGAAUGUGCUGUUCAUCAAUCUGCAGAUUUGAAGCAAUUGAUGGAGCUAGAAGAGCUAAUUACUUGUGCAAAACAAACAAAAACUAUCAUUUCUGAGGAUCAUGUUAUGGAGUCCUCCAAUCAAACUGUCCCUCUUUCUGAUUCAGGACUUCAGAAAUUUAGUGAAAACAAUAAAUCAAGUGAUACAUCUGAACUAAGCAGAAAGUUGAAUGAUACACAUGAAAUGUACAACAAAUCAAGCGAAACAUCUGAAAUACACACCAAAUCAAGUGAUACAAAUGAGAUACACAAAAAGUCAAGAGAUGCACCUGAACAACGGUGCAAAUUGAGUGAGGAACCCAAGAGGAAUAGUAAAAUCUUUGUAACUGGCAUUCCCAAAACCAAAUCGAUAAGCUUGGAUUUUCGAUUAUCAAGAGGAAUAGCACAGGUAAAUGAAGGGAAAUAUGCAAGUGCUGUUUCUAUCUUUGACCAGAUAUUGAGAGAGAAUCCUACUUAUCCUGAGGCAUUGAUAGGAAGGGGAACAGCAUAUGCAUUCCAGCGAGAACUUGAUGCUGCUAUUUCUGACUUUACAAAGGCCAUAGAAUCAAACCCAUCAGCUGGAGAGGCAUGGAAACGACGGGGGCAGGCUCAGGCUGCCUUGGGGAAAUCUGUAGAGGCUAUUGAAGAUUUGACCAAGGCAUUGGAGUUUGAGCCAAACUCAUCAGAUAUCUUACAUGAAAGGGGAAUUGUUAGAUUCAAGUUCAAGGAUUACAAUGCAGCUGUUGAAGAUCUAUCUUCAUGUGUGGCAGUUGAUAAGAAUAAUAAAUCUGCAUUUACUUACUUAGGUUUGGCAUUAUCUCAAAUUGGUGAGUACACAAGGGCUGAAGAGUCACAUAAGAAAUCAAUACAACUCGAUCCAAAUUUCCUUGAGGGAUGGGCCCAUCUUGCACAGUUUUACCAAGAUUUAGCAAACCCAAUAAAGGCUUUGCAGUGCCUUGAACAUGUUCUUCAAAUUGAUGGAAGGUUUGCCAAAGCUUAUCACUUGCGUGGGUUGCUACGCCAUGGAAUGGGAGAGCACAGGAAUGCUAUAAAGGAUUUAUCCCUUGGUUUAAGCAUUGAGAACUCAAACAUUGAGUGCUUGUAUUUACGGGGUUCUUGUUACCAUGCAGUAGGAGAAUAUAGAGAUGCGGUCAAGGACUAUGAUGCUGUGUUGGAUUUAGAACUAGAUUCUAUGGAGAAAUUUGUGCUUCAAUGCCUGGCAUUUUAUCAGAAAGAAAUUGCUCUCUACACUGCUUCUAAGAUCAAUAGCGAAUUCUGCUGGUUUGAUAUUGAUGAGGAUAUUGAUCCCAUCUUUAAGGAGUACUGGUGCAAAAGAUUGCAUCCAAAGGAUGUGUGUGAAAGGGUUUAUAGACAACCUCCUCUUCGUGAUUCUCUGCGAAAGGGAAGCCUAAAGAAGCAAGAUUAUGUUAUUACAAAACAGAAGGCUAUGCUCCUACAAGCUGCAGAUUCUAUUGGCAAGAAGAUCCAAUAUAAUUGUCCAGGCUUCUUACCUAAUAGGCGUCAGCACCGUAUGGCAGGAUUAGCUGCUAUUGAGAUUGCACAAAAGGUCUCAAAAGCUUGGCGAGCAGAAUGGAAGAAUUCAAGUAAAAGCCUAGCAAAAAAUGGUAAGAAAGUCAGGAGAAAGGAAAAAAUCAAUUUGACUUGCCAGAAUAGAGGUGGUGCUUGUAGUACCAGCAGUUCCUCAGAAACAUCAACUUCAUAUGGUGUUACUGAGGAUAGAUCUUCAGGCCGUUCCCUAAUCCCUUGGCAAGAUGUAUAUUCAUUGGCUGUUAGGUGGAGACAGAUUUCUGAACCUUGUGACCCAGUUGUGUGGGUAAACAGACUCAGUGAAGAGUUUAAUUCUGGAUUUGGGUCUCAUACUCCAAUGGUUCUUGGACAAGCAAAAGUUGUGCGCUACUUUCCAAAUUAUCAAAGGACACUAACUGUUUUAAAAACUUGCAUAGAGGAGAUGAAGAAUGUAAAUAACAAGACAGAUAACAUUAUUGAUCUGUCAGAAGAUGGGAAGUUGCAAAAUGUAAUGAAUGCAGAAACAUGUUGUGAUCUUUACAAUGUUGUUGGGGAAGACUUCUGGUUAGCAACUUGGUGCAAGAGCACAGCUUUUGAAGGGAAGCGCCUUGAGGGGACAAGGAUCACUCUACAGAAGAUGCCUGAAUGUGGAUUUGACUUUGCAAUUAGAACACCCUGUACACCUUCUAGAUGGGAGGAUUAUGAUGCAGAAAUGGGAAUGGCAUGGGAAGCUUUGUGCAAUGCUUAUUGCGGGGAAUUAUAUGGAUCUACUGAUUUCAAUAUGCUCGAGAACAUCAGAGAUAGUAUACUAAAGAUGACAUAUUACUGGUACAAUUUCAUGCCACUGUCAAGAGGCUCUGCUGCUGUUGGGUAUGUAGUUUUGCUUGGAUUGUUUCUUGCAGCCAAUAUGGAGGUCACAGAAAAUAUCCCACAAGGUGUGCAGGUGGAUUGGGAAGCUAUUCUAACUUCUGACCCCAACUCCUUUGUGGAUUCCAUCAAAUCUUGGUUGUAUCCACGCCUCAAAAUUACAACAUCUUGGAAAGAUUAUCCAGAUGUGGCAUCAACUUUCAGUACAACAGGAUCUGUCAUUGCUGCUCUGAGCUCUUAUGAUGAUUGAGUUUCUUUCAAAUCCAUGUAGAUGUGAGUAGCUGCAAAUUGCAAUAAUAGGUUGUGGGCAAAUAUUCUAAUGCUUAUGUAAAUGAUGGAAUAAGAUGGAUCAUAACAGGGUUGAUGUAGAGGUAUCAUCCACCAUUGUUGAUAAAUGUCUCAUAGUACAGAAGGUCUCUGCUCACAAUAAAAGGAUCCGACUUAGGAUAUUGUCUAUGCUGGGAAAAAAACUUAGAUUAUUUCCUGUCUGCUAAAUGGAUCCUAUCAUCUGUUUAUGCUGAUUUCUGAAAAUGGUGAGCUCUUUUAUGGAACCUAUUCAAUGGAAGUGCCUGUAACAUGAGAUUUGUUAAAAAUUUUCAAGUCAAUACCUCUCAAGUCAACCCUGUAUCUAACACAAGCAUUUUUUUCAUGUUUUUUGAAUCUGCUGAAUGUUGACAAGGACUAAUGAGAAGUUGGGGAUUGAUUUAAUUUGUCGUUGACAGAUCAGAUUAAGGAGCAAUUAGAAGCCUUGGACCAUUACAAUCUGGCAUCAGUUGAGGCAGGAUCAAUGCUUCUUGUUCAUUGUUGUAGAAAAUAUGGUUUAUUUGUUGUCAGUGUACGAUUUUGUGUUGUAUCAUUUAUUUGCAAGCUUUUCAAAUUGUCUUCGUCUUAAAUUGCUUUUGAAAUUUUCGUGUAAAAAAUCCUGCCUCUUGGUGUAGUUUGACCCGUAUAACUACAUGAAAGAGUGCGAACUUAGAUUGUGUUUUACAUGGUCUUUUCUAUGAAAUUUCCACAUAAAUC